AUGUUUGAUAGUCUGGUUAAUAUUAGAAGGUUAAUCCUAUCCGAGAGAAUACGGAUAGAAAGAGUCAGCAACUCAAAGAGGGCUCAUGGCUAUGAGAAUGGAAAGUAUGGUUCAGCAAAUUUAUCCAAAACAUCAGGAAGCUGGCUUUGAGAAAUUUCUGAAAGUCGUUUUAGCAAGAAAAACCAUGAAGUCUGUUUUGGAAAAAAAUAGUUAAGUCGAAUAAAAUAAACUUUUAAUAGAAAAUUUUAACCGACUUGCAAUGGUUUCAUUUAAUAGACAUGGAUAAAUGGUAUGAAGUCGGAGAAGCAAAAUACUAGCGUGACUGAGAAAUGAAAAAUAGCAGAGUUGGAGAUAAGAAAUCUACAUAAGUCGCGAUCUUAGGUUAUCGGCAAGUUGGUGCUAAAAAUUAACGGAAAUUUUGAUGAACCCUACCAAGUCUUCAAUAUAAAACCAAUACAAGUCGAGUAAUUAAAAUAUGAUCAGAUCAAUUAAUCUAAAUUUAAAAAAAAAACACCAUUUUCUUAUAUUUUUUCGAUAAUGUAAAAUAUAUAUAAAUUUCAGUGUCGUGAUUAUGAAACCAUUUAUAGUAGAGAAAUUAAAACUGUAGCAGGUAGGCUAUGAGAAAUAUUAGGAAGUCGUUGCGAGUUUUAGUAUCCAAUAAAAUAAGUAUAGUCGAUUAAAAAAAAUAAUUAAAUUAAAAUCUUUGAUUGGGGGUCUUAAAAUAAGGCAUAUAAAAUUAAAUAUGAAUCCAAGAUUUACUCACCCUCUUUACGGCAAUUUCGCAGAGAUACUCAGAACUGAAGAUAACGCAAUAAAUUGGUGCCAAGAAGUGAAAAUAAUGCAGCCAAACAUUUGUGAUAUAUGCCAUAAUCCAUGCCUCUCUUAUUGAAAUGGAGGAUCUAUGUUUCUACGUUGUACUUUAUGCAAUUUAAGUUUUUCAAUUCGAAGAAGAUCCAUAUUUUCCCAAUCAAGACUCUCAAUAAGCAAGAUGGUUAGGUUAAUUUUCCAUUGUUUCGUCCGAGAACAGUCCAUGAUAACUAUUGUUGAAGACAGCGAAAUAUCAAAAGAUGCUGUUAUAAAGCUGUUUAAAAAGCUGAGAGCUUUAAUAAGUGAGCAUGAGAUUGAAAAUUAUUUUACUGAUAAUCAGCUUGGAAUAGAAGAUGAAGAUGGGCAGGAUCAUCCAACUGUAGAACUUGAUGAAACUCAUAUUAUGACUAUGGAUCAUGAUCCCAAAUGGCUAUUCGGAAUUUUUGACAGAGGAACAGAAGACUAUAGAUUUUACUAUGUAGGCAACGAUAGAACUUGGGAAAAUUUAUCAGGAUAUAUUCUAAAUGCAGUAUCAAACGAUCAAACGAAUGCUACAGAAGUAUUUACAGAUGGCUGAGCAGCUUACAGACAGCUUCCAACAUUAGGAUAUCGCCAUUCAAUUGUUUUCAUAAUCAAGACUUUGGAAUUGGAAGGCAAACAACUAAUCAUAUUGAAAACGUUUGGAGCAGGCUAAAAAGACUAAAGGCUUAUAGAAAUGGUUUUCGCCCAAAAAAUGAAAAAGAUUUGGAUAAUUACUGUAUGUUUUUUUAUUGGCUUCUCAAACUAAAAAAUAUACCAGAAAGAAUAGACUCAUUGAUACAAAUUUUAAAUAUCUCUAAAUUUUAAUUUAAUUAUUUUUUUUAAUCGACUAUACUUAUUUUAUUGGAUACUAAAACUCGCAACGACUUCCUAAUAUUUCUCAUAGCCUACCUGCUACAGUUUUAAUUUCUCUACUAUAAAUGGUUUCAUAAUCACGACACUGAAAUUUUAUAUAUAUUUUACAUUAUCGAAAAAAUAUAAGAAAAUGUGUGUUUUUUUUUAAAUUUAGAUUAAUUGAUCUGAUCAUAUUUUAAUUACUCGACUUGUAUUGGUUUUAUAUUGAAGACUUGGUAGGGUUCAUCAAAAUUUCCGUUAAUUUUAGCACCAACUUGCCGAUAACCUAAGAUCGCGACUUAUGUAGAUUUCUUAUCUCCAACUCUGCUAUUUUUCAUUUCUCAGUCACGCUAGUAUUUUGCUUCUCCGACUUCAUACCAUUUAUCCAUGUCUAUUAAAUGAAACCAUUGCAAGUCGGUUAAAAUUUUCUAUUAAAAGUUUAUUUUAUUCGACUUAACUAUUUUUUCCAAAAACAGACUUCAUGGUUUUCUUGCUAAAACGACUUUCAGAAAUUUCUCAAAGCCAGCUUCCUGAUGUUUUGGAUAAAUUUGCUGAGCCGGAAAGUAUAGUGAUUUUCAAUCAGGAAAGCCAAAAUUGGAAAGUAAGGUCUAUUUAUUGGCUUAUUUUAAAUCUUCCAUUAAAUGCCAUAAUAGCGAGAAAAUGAAAACCCCCAUGAGUUGGACCCUUUAG